AUGGCGAAGCAGACGGUGACGACGCGGGUGAAGUCGAGCAAACUCACGGAACAACAUCCAUGGGUGGAGAUCGUGUUCCGACUCUUGGGCAGUUUUGGUUCGACAGUGCUCUUUGGAGUUCGACUGGUGAUCGCCGAGUUCCUCUUCGGGCGCCCCUGGCACAACGACCGGUCGUUGCAGCGACACCACGUGGUGAACGACAUGAAAAAACAGAGGAUCAUGGCUUGGGUUCCGGUGAAGGCGGUCGGGGCCGUGCUGGCGAUGGUGCCCUUGGCCUACACCGGGCGAAAGAACCUGGAGAGCCUCAUGAGUUGCAAGACCAGACAGGAAGUGCUCGCAGAGUUCACUAAGCUUGUGAGCAUGAGUGGUCCAUUUCUUUGGUUUGGCCUUCGGUGCUUGGACUGGGAGCUUGGAGUACGAGCGAUGAUUGGCGCUUUGCUGUUCAAUUUUGCCUUGAUGGCAUGGUUCGAAUGGCGCCAAGCAGUGAAAGCAGAGCUUUGGAAGGACUAUCGAUGGUUCACAAGCCAGAAGCCGCCCCCAAGCAAGAGGUGGAUGCCAGCCUUAGAGCAAAUGAAUUCCGAGUGGGGAGAAGAUCUGCGGAGACAACAGCUGCACAUUAGCAACAGUGCUUGUCUCAAUGUCACCAUUGAUCCAUGGCAGCAUGAGGAUUCGCGUGCGAUGGUCCGAAUCUUUCGACACGGGACCAACCAGUCCUCAUCCAGAAGACCUGUGCUCAACACAGUGCUUUUGCUCAUCGCCAACACCACCUUCCUGGGCUUCGAAGUCGACGAUCAACGCUCCGCUGCUUCCGGUGGCCGGCCGGUUUAUGUCCUCAUUGAGCUCUUUUUUGCCACGGUCUUUAUUCUUGAGUGGCUGGUGCGGAUCCAUCAACAGAGGCGCCGCGGGGCACGCAGUCUCCGGAAUAUUUUCGACUACACACUUGUCCUGGUCGGCUUCAAUGACUGCAUGAUGACCCUGCUGCGGCCUUUGGCCGGAACGCAGCUCUCCAGAGCCUUUCGUGUCUUCCGUGGCCUGCGGGUGGCGCGGAGCGUGCGAGGAGUGCGGCGGCUUUCAGGCCUUUGGUUCAUCAUCGGAGGCUUAUUGGAGUCCCUCCCAACGAUGGGCAUCGUGACACUGAUCGUGCUCACUUUGGUCUAUGCACUGGCCAUUUGCCUCACCACGACGGUCGCUGGGGAGCCCUUGUUGCUGUCCUUUUGGAACCACGGGCCGAUGUACACCGGAACCGUCGGCCGCUCAAUGCUGACGGUGCUACAGGUCGCCACAUUGGAUGGCUGGAGCGAUUUGAUCGCUCGGCCCAUGUCACGAGACCGAGGAUUUGGUUCGUUUCGUGUGCUUUUUUUUGUCAUCUUGUUAAACUUUGGCACCUUCAACAUUUUGGUGGCCAUUAUGAUUGAGCGCAUCGUGACCAUGGCCACAGACACCAAGGAGAGAGAGAGAGAGAGAGAGAGAGAACUCACGUGGAGGGGGGAACCGUGUCCUUGCAUUUAUAGGAUUCCAAGCUGCAAGCCGUAUUCAGGACAUGUUCGCUGUCAACGUUCCUCAAAACUCCACCUCGUUACAACAUACUUCAAUCCUCCCCGCACCCACUGCAAAAUCACCGAACUGAAACGGGGGCUAUAG